UGAGUCUCUCCAAAUGCGGAAAUUCGUAGGUGAAAGGGCAAAAAGGUUGAUCGCCAACAACACGAUCGCUUCCGUCGUGAAAUUGAAUCAAUAUCAAACAUCAUCCACGCUUUCUUCUUCGAAUAAUUGCUGUAAUAGAUCACAUCUCCCUCGAUUAAACUCGCCUCUGAAUUCACACCUUCGUUGUUACUCAGUCAUGGCUUCAAAAGGAUCAAAAACAGCCCCUGUUACUCUUGAAACGCUCAACCCUAAGGUAUUAGAAUGUGAAUAUGCUGUUCGUGGUGAGAUUGUCUCUAUAGCUCAGAAAUUACAGCAAGACUUGCAAACAAAUCCAGGUUCCAAACCUUUUAACGAGAUUCUUUACUGUAAUAUUGGAAAUCCACAAGCUCUUGGUCAAAAACCUAUAACUUUCUUUCGAGAGGUUCUUGCAUUAUGUGACAAUCCUUCCUUAUUAGACAAGAGGGAAACAAAUGGUUUGUUUAGUUCGGAUUCCAUAGCAAGAGCAAUAAUGGUCUUGGAUCAAAUGCCUGGAAGAGCUACUGGUGCAUAUAGUCACAGUCAGGGUAUUAAGGGAUUGCGUGACACCAUUGCUGCUGGAAUUAAAGCUCGUGAUGGUUACCCUGCUGAUCCAGAUGAUAUCUUCUUGACAGAUGGUGCAAGUCCAGGGGUCCAUAUGAUGAUGCAGUUACUUAUAAGAUCAGAAAAGGAUGGAAUUUUAUGUCCCAUUCCUCAGUAUCCUCUUUACUCUGCUUCUAUUGCCCUUCAUGGUGGCACUCUAGUUCGUUAUUAUCUUGAUGAAGCAACAGGGUGGGGACUUGAGGUGUCUGAACUCAAGAAACAGUUAGAAGCUGCCCGACAAAAGGGUAUUACUGUUCGGGCAUUGGUUGCAAUUAAUCCGGGCAACCCAACCGGGCAGGUUCUUGCUGAAGAAAACCAACGACAAAUUGUGGAAUUUUGCAAGAAAGAAGGUUUGGUUCUUUUAGCAGACGAGGUAUACCAAGAGAAUAUAUAUGCAGCUGACAAGAAAUUUAACUCAUUCAAGAAAAUCUGUCGUUCAAUGGGAUAUGGUGAUAUCCCCUUGGUUUCUUUUCAAUCCGUAUCUAAAGGGUAUCAUGGUGAAUGUGGGAAAAGAGGUGGUUACAUGGAGGUAACUGGUUUUAGUACUGAAGUUAGACAACAAUUUUACAAAUUGGCAUCUGUGAAUCUUUGCUCCAAUAUUUCUGGUCAAAUUCUUGCAAGUCUUGUCAUGAGUCCCCCAAAAGUUGGAGAUGAAUCUUAUGAUUCCUAUUUUAGUGAGAGAGAUGGAAUCUUGAAAUCAUUGGCUAGACGCGCUAAGAAAUUGGAAGAUGCAUUCAACAGCUUAGAGGGUGUGACAUGUAAUAAAGCGGAAGGGGCAAUGUAUCUUUUUCCGCGAAUUCAAUUGCCAAAUAAAGCGAUAAAAGCUGCAGAAGAAGCUAAAAAAGCAGCGGAUGCGUAUUAUGCAAUUCGUUUACUUAAUUCUACUGGUAUUGUUGUGGUACCUGGUACUGGUUUUGGUCAGGUCCCGGGGACGUGGCAUUUUAGGUGCACGAUAUUGCCUCAAGAGGAUAAGAUUCCUGCGAUAGUUUCACGGUUGACGGAUUUUCACAAGAAGUUUAUGAAUGAAUUUCGUGGUUAGAUGAGUGGUUUUU